AUGGUCAUUACGGAAGCGCUGUCAUUCCUGGGCCUAGCGUACAUCACUUUCCAAAGUGUGCUUGAAGUUGUUAUAGUCUCAUUUGCUGGCUUCUGGUGCACAUACUCGGGGCUCCUCCCCAAAGAGGGGCAAAAAAUUAUAUCUAGGUUGAAUGUGGACGUCUUCACGCCAUGCUUGAUCUUCAGCAAGUUGGCUAAGUCCUUAUCAAUUGCAAAAAUUCUGGAGAUAGGGAUCAUCCCUGUAUUCUAUGCUAUUUCUACAGGUAUCUCUUUCGUCUCUGGUAAAGCGCUGGCGAUGCUCCUCCAUCUCGACGUUGAUGAGACAAACUUUGUGGUUGCCAACUCUAUCUUCGGGAAUAGCAAUUCGCUUCCAGUGUCCCUCACGCUCUCGUUAGCAUAUACCCUUCCCGGGUUGGAAUGGGACCAGAUCCCCAAUGAUACCAAGGACAGCAUAGCAUCCAGAGGUAUCUUAUACCUGCUCAUCUGGCAGCAAAUAGGACAGGUUUUAAGAUGGACGUGGGGCUAUAACAAGCUCAUGCGGUGGUCCGGCGAGCGCGACAACGAGGUCAGACAGUCCCUACUCGAGGCGCAAUCCGAAGAUGCCGUUACACUUGCUGAAGCUGAAAGCGAACUUGCAAUCCGCAGCCCUACAGACUUCGACGAAAACAGUACGUCCGCCCCAUCCAUAACAUCGAUCGACAGGCUGAAGACGACUGUUCUGCAUGGCGUUAACCGGGUUCGCGGGUUCAUGAACCCUCCCCUAUACGCCAUGGUCCUGUCGGUGAUCGUGGCUUCAAUUCACCCCUUACAGCACGAACUAUUCCAUGCGGAUGGAUUCAUCAACAACACCCUAAGUGAAGCCGUUAAUGAGCUUGGCGCUCUUUCUAUCCCCCUCAUAUUGGUUGUUCUCGGAUCUAACUUGUACCCGUCCCACGACGUUUCGCCAAAGUCGCAUAACUACAAGAAAAUCGUGUUUGCAUCCAUCGUUGGGCGUAUGAUUUUCCCUUCCUUGUUGCUCCUACCGUUGAUUGCUGCCUGUGUGAAGUUUAUCAAUGUCAGUAUUUUGGACGACCCCAUUUUCCUUGUAGUGGGCUUUAUUUUAACCGUCGCCCCGCCUGCCAUCCAGCUUACGCAAAUCACACAGUUGAAUGAGUUCUUUGAAGCAGAAAUGGCAGGCGUAUUGUUCUGGUGUUAUGUUAUACUAGCACUACCAAUGAGCAUUUUGGUUGUUAGCGGAGCAAUCUCCGUGUUGCGCUGGGCUGAAGCUUGA